AUGGAUUUGCUCAAUUUAAAGAAAAAAACAACAAAUAAAAAAACUCUGACGAGGUUGCCUACUCCAGUUCCGGCUGGAGAGGCGGAGAUCGAAGGGCGCAAGCCUGACGAUGUUGGUAUAGCGAAGGGUGAAAAGCCCAAUGAAGUUGUAGCUGAUUUCAUCAGGCCUCUUGAGAUGGUUGUAGACUCGGAGUCGAGCGAGAGUGUCUCCUCAGUUCGAAGCAAAAGGUUCUGGAAGAGAACCACUCGAUCGAAGGGUAGUCUCUGUUCGCUCUUUACAAGCGACACGGAUGAACCGGCACCGAAGUCGCAAGCGAUAGACGGCCGAGGAAGAGGGGGUCCACCUGCGGCCAACAAUUAUUCCGGCUUGAGGAGGGCGCAAAAGGAGCGCGACAUGCAAAAAAGAGAGGAGGCCCGCCUUAAAGCGGAGAAAGAAUUAGCGGUGCAGUUUGGUUCCGUCAAGUCGCCGGCGACUAAUAAGGCGGUGAAGACCAGCGAGCUCGACGUCGUUCUGCGUGAUGACAUCCGAAAAUGCGGGGAGAUAGUGAGAUCCGUGCUAAAAAAGCCAGGCCACUCGAAAGGGGCGUCACAACAGGCUCUAAACCACGUGAUGGACGUCAUUGCGCAGUAUGUGAGCCAACCGGAGAAUAGCAUCGUUUCCCGCCUCGAAAACGAAGUAAAGAAAUGGCGUGAGAACAGCGCCUGUCUCGAGGCUACGAUAAAACAGAUGCAGGACGAAAACUCUUCCCUCCGGCGCCGCCUCGAAGACCUAGAGGCGUCCACCAGUAAACAAUCAACGGAAGAGAUAAUGGAGCUGGUAGAGGCGAGAGUGCAGGCUAGACUGGAGUCGGCGCUCAUGGGGCCGGCUCAGAGACCUUUAUUGGCUCACGAGAGGCGAUUAACUCCAGGGGACAUCCCACUCCCCGUCCAGAAGAAAGGGGGAGGAAAAGGGAAGAGAGUCACCAAGUCGGCUCCCUCAGCUCCAGCCCUAGCUCUCUCAGACGUCACAGCUGGGCCGUCAAGCGCGCAGCCUCAACCAGUUGCCGGACCUUCAAAGGCAAUGGCCAUCACAUCCGUUGUGGCCUCCAAGAAGGGCAAGAUGCAAGGAGCAGAUGACCUCCAGCAUCCCCAUAAGGGAAGGAAAAAUGGAGUAACUCCUAAAGAGCAGCCUGCUUCGCAGCCUCGCUUAUUACCGUCGGCUCCAGUAUCCAUGGACACCGAGUGGACCGUGGUGGUGGGCAAAAGAAAGAAGAAGCCCAGCACCGCCACGGCCCCGGCCACAGCUCCACGACAAAAGAAGACCGAGCCACGAAUACGCUUGCCGAAGUCAGCAGCUGUGGUAAUAUCACUAACCUCCACUGCUGUUGAAAAGGGCCUCACUUAUGCUGGGGUCCUAACCGAAGCGCAGCAGAAGGUGAGCCUUAACGGCCUGCAAAUAGACAGGCUCAGACCAAAGUUUGCAGCUACGGGCGCCAUGAUUUAUGAGGUGCCCGGGGCUGAAUCAGAGCAGAGAGCUGACUCCCUCGCCGCGAGGCUGAGGGGAGUAUUUCAAUGGGUCGAAGACGUCCGAGUCACUCGGCCCACCAAGUGCACGGAACUGCGGCUUUCGGAGCUAGAUCCCGCAGCCACUCCCGCGACCGUCGCGGCGUCGCUCUCGAGCGCCGGCGAGUGUACUCUAGAGGCGGUUAAGGUAGGACAAAUACGACCUGAUCGUUCGGGCCUGGGUUCAGUUUGGGUCAAGGUUCCGGUUAGGGCGGCACAGAAAAUCAAGGCGGGUCGUCUUCGCAUAGGGUGGACGGUGGCCCGAGUGACCGUGCUUGAAGCGCGUCCGAUGCGCUGCUACCGCUGUCUCGAGCACGGUCACGUGCAGAACGCGUGUGAUGGACCCACGGACCGCAGCGACCUCUGCUACCGCUGUGGGAAACCGGGCCAUAAAGCUCGGCAGUGCGAGGAGAAGCCGAACUGUGUCUUGUGUGCCGCAGCUGGCAAGCCUGCCGGACACCAAGUUGGAGGGAAAAAGUGCGCUGCCUCCUCCCAAAAAACCCGUCGCCGCCCGCGCAGGAGAUCGGCUGCUGCUGGGAGUACGGCUCAGCCGCGGCUGGAGAUCCCACCGCAAGGUGAGGCCGAGAUGGAAGUAGCAGAAGAGAUCGCCCAAUAA